UGUCACUUCCUAGAUGUCCUGAAGCCACCUCUUUCUGUGUUUUUUUUUCUGUUGUUUCAGGACAAACACCAUGAUGCUGCUCACGAAAUCAUUGAGACAAUUCGGUGGGUCUGUGAAGAAAUUCCAGACCUCAAGCUUGCUAUGGAAAACUAUGUUUUAAUUGACUAUGAUACUAAAAGCUUUGAAAGCAUGCAAAGACUUUGUGACAAAUACAACCGAGCUAUUGACAGCAUUCAUCAGUUGUGGAAAGGAACCACCCAGCCCAUGAAACUGAAUACCCGCCCUUCCAAUGGGCUUCUGCGCCAUAUCUUACAGCAAGUAUAUAACCACUCAGUGACGGACCCAGAAAAACUCAACAACUAUGAACCCUUUUCCCCAGAAGUGUAUGGAGAGACUUCUUUUGACUUAGUGGCCCAGAUGAUAGAUGAAAUAAAAAUGACUGAAGAUGACCUCUUUGUAGACUUAGGCAGUGGUGUGGGUCAAGUUGUGCUCCAGGUCGCUGCAGCAACAAACUGCAAGCAUCACUAUGGUGUGGAGAAAGCUGAUAUUCCGGCCAAAUACGCUGAGACGAUGGACAAAGAAUUCAGAAAGUGGAUGAAAUGGUAUGGGAAAAAACAUGCAGAUUACACACUGGAAAGAGGUGAUUUCCUCUCAGAAGAAUGGCGAGACAGAAUUGCAAACACAAGUGUUAUCUUUGUGAAUAACUUUGCUUUUGGUCCUGAAGUGGAUCACCAGUUGAAGGAGCGAUUCGCAAACAUGAAGGAAGGUGGUCAAAUAGUAUCCUCAAAACCUUUUGCACCAUUAAACUUUAGAAUAAACAGUCGAAACCUGAGUGAUAUUGGCACUAUAAUGAGAGUUGUAGAAUUGUCACCACUGAAAGGAUCUGUCUCAUGGACCGGGAAACCAGUUUCUUACUACCUGCAUACUAUUGAUCGAACCAUACUUGAAAACUACUUCUCUAGUCUCAAAAAUCCAAAACUCAGGGAAGAACAAGAGGCAGCUAGACGUCGACAACAAAGAGAAAACAAGAGUAACACAACAACUCCAACAAAAGUCCAAGAAAACAAGGACGAUGGUGCUGAAGAAGACAAGAACCUUGCGGCUAACACUGUCAAAAAACCAUCUCCCUCCAAAGCACGCAAGAAGAAGCUGAGCAAAAAGGGAAGGAAGAUGGCUGGUAGGAAGCGUGGGCGCCCCAAGAAAAUGAACGUGGUGAAUGCCGACCGCAAGAUCAAGAAGAACCAAACCGCGCUGGAGCUUCUCCAUGCUCAAACUGUAUCACAAACAAAUUCAUCCUCUCCUCAGG